GAAAAGAGAGAAAAAAAAACUUUUUGUACCGAAGGAAUCAACAGCCGCCAUCUUGUCGUGGCUCGGAAUUAGGAUUUCGGUAGAUCACAAAUUUUUAUUUAGAAAUUGAGCAUCCAUAUCGAGGUUUGACGGCAAACUUCCCCUGAAAACGAAGUAUUUUCACCUUUUCUGAAGUAUUUUUGACGAAAAAACGGGAAUUCGAUCGGUCGUCGUCGGCAAGAAAACCCCGUAUAUCUCAUUUCCCCUUAAGUGCGGCGCUCGAGUCCCUAUCGCCGUUCGGAGCAGUAUAUUGUUUACCGGGGAUAACCGGAGAAGAAACAGCUUGUUACUGACAAUUUUGCAAAAAAUAUAUAUUAUUUUGCAGUUGUGCAUUUUAUGGAGCUUCAAACCAUUUUUGCAUGAAGACAUUUGACGUCAUAAAAAUGAGCUGUUUGAACAUCUAAAAUUAAAGAUUUAUGGGACAGGAAUACAAUCCAUGUUAAUGUUUUUAGAUUUAAUUUUAACGUACAUUUUUCAUGGGAUUUUUUUUAUUGGGGUUAUUUAACGAUAAUGUGGGUGUUGGUUGUUGGAUUAUCAUGGGUUGAAUGGCGGUGGCGAAGCGGGGCGCUGUUGCAUCUUUUUUGAAAAUCUCACCCUCACUGGUUGAAAAUUAGCCAGUUAGCCAACGUUAGCGAGCAAACCGCUUGCUAACGUGCUAACUAGAGAAAGGUGGAGGUUGUCAGAACAACCUGUUCUGUCCCAGGAAUUUCAUUUUUUUCAAAUAAUUAAAUAAGAAAUCCAUUAAAGAUCACAAUGGCUGAAAACCUGCUUGACGUCGGACCUCCCAACUCAAAGCGACCGAAGCUGAAUUCACCUGCGCUGUCAGCGUCAGAUGGACCAGUGGAUCUAGGCUCCUUAUCAUGGGACGACCUGGAGAACGACCUGCCAGAUGAGCUGAUCCCCAACGGAGGCUCUGGCCUGGGGGGUAUGACGGGGGGCGGAAUGCCCUCCAAUGGGGGUAACGUCAACCCUGGGGGUCCUGGACCUCUGGGCUCCAAGGUCCCGGACGCAGUGGCCAAGCACAAGCAGCUGUCAGAACUCCUCCGGGUGGGUAGUGCCUCUGGUCUCAUCGGGGGUGCUGGAGGAGGAACUCAGCCCAGUGGCAUUGGGGGUCAGCUGGGUGCAGCACACGGGAAGAGCUCCUUGGGUCAAGGGUCGCCGAAAGCGGGGACCGGACAGAACUUCAACCAGUCUCUGGGGGGCCAUGCCGGGAUGUUAGGUCAGGGUGGGCAGCACCAGCCGGGCCAGGUGAUAAACGGAGGCCUGGGGCUGGGUCCUGGAGGUGGACGAGGCCGGGGUCAGUACCAGGCCAUGCAGGCGGCACCAGGAGGAGGAGUGGGCAGCUCGCUGGCAGAGACCCUCACACAGCAGGGCGGGCCACAGGUGGGCGCUGCCACCCUGAACGUUGCCGCCGCCUCCCAGCAGGCGGGCAACAUGAACAAGGUGAGUCACAGGGCUGAGAGACUCACACAAACUACACUACACACACAAACUACACUCUUAAUCAUAGAGAGGCAUGUAUGAAAUGUCUGUCUGUGACAGAAAGACAGGUCUUAAAUGUGCCAAAUGGUCAGAGAGCAGCGAUAUCUCUUUAUAGCUCUUCUUUGUGUGUGUUGAAUCAUAAUUUGUACAGGAUCAUCCAUGAAUUCUCAGCUUUGGUGCUAGUUACUGUGGCACUGUGUAGAACAGAUCCAUCCUGAUUGGGUGAUAGCUCUCUGAUACUGCUGGGUACUAAAUCGGAAACUAAUAAAUGCCCUCCGCAUGGUCCGAACCAUUAAGAAAGAAUCAUGUCACAUAUGUUGCGGUCAUGUUGGGAACUCGGAAAUACAACCCUUUUACUGGGAAAAAUGCAUGUGAAUGUCCCACCAACUCGUAAUGCCCAGACGGCAUCCCUAUCCGGGUCCUCGGAGCGUGUGCGAACCAGCUGGCUGGUGUGUUUACGGACACAUUCAAUCUCUCCCUGCCCCAGUCUUCUGUCCCCACAUGCUUAAAGAUGGCCAACAUUGUUCCUGUACCCAAGAAGACAAUAGUCAUUUACUUCAGUUACCAUUGCACUGUAGCACUCACUUCUCUCAUCAUGAAGUGCUUUGAGAGACUAGUCAAGGAUCAUAUCACCUCCACCUUACCUGUCACCCUAGACCCACUUCAA